GGACCAGUCCCGUGUAUGAUAAACAUUGUUUUAAAUGUAUUUUGUAUAUAAAUAAGACAAAAUAAUCUAUAAACAAAUAAUGUAUAUUUUUAGAAAAAAAGGAGUGUAAAACAAUUAAAGGGGAAAGAAAUCAAGACAGCUUUAUAUACGUUGAUUUCAUCUGAUCAUCCUCUCUCUCUCUCUCUCUCUCUCUCUUUCUCCAAUCAUAUGAACAAAAUAAUCGGCUUCAAGAAUUAGGGUUUUGAUCAGUCACAAAAACGUAUCUCUCUCCGUAGUCUUCGGCCAAGAAUAUGCAAGAAGCGGCGCUAGGUAUGAUCGGAGCCACCGUAGGCGGAGACGGAGACGCCCCGGCGGUGGCGGAGCAGAAUAGACAGAUGAAAGGUGAGAUAGCGACACAUCCGAUGUAUGAACAAUUAUUAGCCGCACACGUGGCAUGUCUAAGAGUAGCUACUCCGAUAGAUCAACUUCCGAUCAUUGAAGCUCAGCUUUCUCAAUCUCAUCAUCUUAUCCGUUCUUACGCUUCCACCGCCGUUGGAUACUCCAACCAUGAUCGCGAGCUCGAUAAUUUCUUGGCACAAUAUAUAAUGGUGUUGUGUAGCUUCAAAGAACAGCUGCAACAGCACGUGAGGGUUCAUGCCGUCGAAGCUGUUAUGGCUUGCCGUGAAAUUGAGAACAAUCUUCAUUCUCUUACAGGAGCAACGUUAGGAGAAGGGUCAGGUGCGACUAUGUCGGAGGAUGAGGAUGAUAUUCAGAUGGACUUCUCGUCUGAUAAUUCCGGCGUUGAUUUUAGCGGCGGCCACGAUAUGACGGGAUUUGGUCCGUUGCUACCGACUGAAUCGGAAAGAUCUCUUAUGGAAAGAGUCAGACAAGAACUUAAACUCGAACUCAAACAGGGUUUUAAAUCAAGAAUUGAAGAUGUAAGAGAAGAGAUAAUGAGGAAAAGAAGGGCUGGGAAAUUGCCAGGAGACACAACUACUGUCUUGAAAAAUUGGUGGCAACAACAUUGCAAGUGGCCUUACCCUACUGAAGAUGACAAGGCAAAAUUGGUGGAGGAGACAGGAUUGCAGUUGAAGCAAAUCAACAAUUGGUUCAUUAACCAACGCAAGAGGAAUUGGCACAACAACUCUCACUCGCUCACUUCCUUGAAGUCCAAGCGCAAACACUAAUCUCUUCUUACUAUAUAUAUUAGUUCAUUUUCAUACUAAUUACAUCGCUUAAAUCAUGCAUGAUAUAUAUGUAAUUCAUGUUGUUGAUAAAAACGAGGUGUGAUCAUUAAUAUCUUGUACUACUUACUUAGCUUAUCAAAUCUCCCUCAACCCCCAUAUGAUUUGUGCUUUGAGUGAUUACUGUUUGUUACUAGAUUGUAAUUCAUUUUUUUGUUUUUUAUUGUGCAUUCAAAUAUAUUUUUUUGGUACGAA